AAGCUGAGAUCUCGCCGUUACAAACUUGUCGUUCAUUAGGGACAUUAAAGUAGAACAGGCGUUUUUUUAAAAGUUUAGUAUAUUUACGCUUAACAACGAUUAAAAUAGUAAUAGCUUACGUGACGCCCAAGCUUGUUGGCGCUGUGUUUUUGUUGCCUUUUGUUUCGAAAGCUCGCUGGACUGGAACGCUAAUGUUAGCAGGGGCUCUUUGAAUCAUAGCCACAUCAAUGCUAAUUUAAGUUUAGUUUGUUGUGUAAGGCAGCCACGUUCGAUCACGCUGUGCUGAAAAUGGCAGACUUAACAACGCUUGAGAGCCUUUUGGAGAUGGGCUUCGACCGGAACAGGGCAGAAAGGGCUGUGGCCAGCACUGGGAACCAGGGAAUCGAACAAGCUAUGGACUGGUUAAUGGAGCAUGAGAACGAUCCGGAUAUCGAUGAGCCAUAUAAGCCUCCUGUUCUUGCAGCACUGGACGAUGACCAGACUGGCAUGCAAGAGCCUUCGCUUGGGGAAACAACCGGAGUUGCGAGUGGAGAAGGCAGCCAGGUUGGUGAUACUGACAAAAAGCCCAUGACGGAAGAUGAGAAACAGCAGCAAGUCAAAAGGCUGGAGGAGCUGAUGCGAGUGAAACAGGCAGAGCGACGAGAGCGUGAGCGUGCCGAGGAGCUGGAGAAGGAAAAGCAGCGCAGGAAGCAGGGCCAAGAGCUGCAGCAGAUUCGCAACAAGCUGCAAGACGAUGACAUGAAGAAGCUAGCAGAGCUGCGGCGGAGAGAGAAGAUGGAAGACAAGCUGGCCAGGCAAAGGGUUAAAGAAAAGAUAGCAAGAGACAGGGAGGAGAGAGCACAAAAGUUUGGAGGUGGAGGAACAAGUACUUCAGUCCAGCCCAGUCCAGUGUCACCCACCAGUCAGGGCCUGCCCCCCAUUAAGAAAGAGUAUGACGAGUCCAGGAUACAGGUGCGACUGCUGGAUGGCUCCACCCUUACAGCGGUGUUCAAGGCCCAGGAGCCACUGGCGGCAGUACGUGUCUACGUGCAGGUGAAUGGCAACACGCCAGAGGGUCAGGACUUUACAUUGCUGUCACCUUAUCCCCGUCACAUCUACACUGAUCUGGAUAUGGAGAAGCCCCUCAAAGAGCUGGGGUUGGUGCCUUCAGCUGUCCUGGUCGUUACCAAAAAGUAAGGUAGGGGGUAUCUUAGGGGGAGCAUUCAGCUCAGUGGGCCUACCUCACCACCUCUGCUACAUUUACACAAGAAACAGACUGGACCCCACGGCUUUCGUGUCAUUCUCUCAGACAGGUUGAAGUUAUGUGACCACUCAUGUCAGAAAGAGCUUCAAAAGACAAAAACAUGGUUGUGUGGAUGUUUGUUUUGAAUGCAGUGACGAAAGAUGUACAUAGUAAAUUAGCAGGCAUCUGACUGGUGUCAGUAAGGUCAACACAGAACACCAAUUUUAACCUGAUUCCUCCAUUAUAAACUAUUUCCACUUGCCUUUUUUAAAGGGCCUUAAAAUGAGUUCACCAUUUAUUGACUUUGUGAGAUUCUACUUUGCCAGUUUUUAUGAGUCAGAAUAGAGUGACAAGUAUGUCUGCAGAAGUGAAUUCAAGAAUUGAUUUUAAAUAAAGCUGACUU